UCUUCCUCUACUCUGGCGGAGCAGCACCGACAGGAGGAGCUGAUAGUAGUCUAGUCUAGUUGAGUUGAGUUGGCGGGCUGUUCGGUCCGGUUAGGUGUAAACCAAGCGGUGAGCUGAGCUCCAGAGGAAGCUGCUGAACAGGAGACAUGGAGGAGACGGGCGGUGCGACCGCGUACGGGGCUUCGCUCGCAGGAGGAGGCUUCGACUUCAACAAGUUCAUCCGACAACCGCAGACCAUCGUGCGGAUCCUCAGCUGGAUAUUUGCCCUGGUGGUGUUUGCUUCCAUCACAACAGAGGGAUAUGUCAACCCUGCCCACAGUGCCGAGGCAAAGUGCAUCUUCAACAAGAAUGACUCGGCGUGUCAUUACGCUAUCGGCAUCGGGGUGAUUGCCUUCCUGGCAUGUGUGGCAUUCCUGGUGUUGGACGCUUACUUGCCUUUUAUGAGCAAUGCGCAGGAAAGGAAGUACGCUGUCAUGGCAGACCUGGGAUUCUCUGGGGCGUGGAGCUUCUUGUGGUUUGUGUGUUUCUGCCUGUUGGCCAGUCAGUGGGCUAAAACUCAUAAUGUCAACGGUGUGCCCGAGGACGCUGCUCGUGCCGUUGUGGCUUUCUCGUUCUUCUCCAUCGCCACUUGGGGAAUCCUGACCUACUUUGCGCUGGGCCGUUUCCGCCGCGGUGUAAAUGAAGUUACCAUCCCGACCUAUGCGGAUCCGCCACCAGAUCACAUCACCCCCUACCCUCCGACCUACGCCCCCACCUCCUACAACCCCACGACCUACACCCCUACCACUUACGCGGCAUAUCCCACUAGCGUGCCCGACAUGCAGCCUCCCUACACCCCAAACCCCCAGCCGCAAGGAGACGCCGGCUACCAGCCGCCCAACUACUGAGACUACGGGAGGUGACGUGGACGAGGUGGUGUUCCAGGUCAUCUGUUGGUACGCUGAUUGUAGUUGCACUGCACAGACCCAGAGCUAUAUCACAUUGAUGUGGCUUCACAUUUGACUCAACACACUUUUACGAGUGUUGUCCGAUUCGAGAGCCUGAGCAGUGCAACUGCAAGUCAGAGAUAAGCGACACUGCUGUUUACGUCAACGGGUCUGUGGUCAGAUCUUGAGACACUGUUGACUGUUGGUACUAGCGCUGGGAUGAUUGGGUAAUCUGGCCUCAGACCUUUGUGCAAAGACGCAACUUUUUUUUACCUCAAAUGGGCUGAUCCUGAAGGGGAGAAGUAGAUAGAAUGUACCCAGGAGGUCAAAGGUCACAAAAAUGUGACGACGUGAAGAAUACCUGUGACGGCUCCAAUCAGAGAGGAAGAAGCCAACACUUAAUGUGUUCCUCUUUUACUCUCUGGUGGAGAAUGUGCAUAUGUACAUAUAUUUCACUGUGCAAAGCUGCCAUUUUAAUGGUCGUAUGUGCCUAAUUUUCUUUUCUUAUUUGGUUUAGUGGAUGUUUCCCCUUCGGUGUGUUUAUCUUGAGAACCUUUAAACAGUUUAGGAUGUAUUAAAUUAACAAAUGAUUUACUUUGUGGGUGUAGAGCAGUGGGAAAAGACCACUAUAAAGCCAAAUGUCCCCCCAUGAUUUAGUUGUUUUUUUUGUAAAAUGUGGGUUCUGUACAGAUUAUGCAGUUAAAUUUCUUAGCCAUAUAACCAUAAAAUCACCCCCAAAGGAAGGUUUUGCAAUCUAUGUGCUAUAGUAAAAAUGCUCCUGUGUUUGCCAUCUCAACUAGCUAUGUCUUUUAAGACCGUUGUAAUCAAAUUCGUUGCUGAUGGGGACAUGAGAAACCAUAAAACCCCUUUAUUUCUUUAUUUCGUCCCUAGUCAGCGUUGCCCUUUAAACUCAUAGCUGACGUCCAGAUAGACAGGAGGAGGGAGGAGAUAACUGCACUUAUUGAACAGGUUUAUCCACCGAGCAUGUCCGUAGAGUAACUUAUUAACCACCAGAAACAGCGCUCCGUCUCCAGCCCUGCGAACAGAGCGGCCAGCUGCACACUUCCUCCAAGGACUUCGUGACAUUUAGUUUUUCUGAACACUGAUGUUUAUCUCCUGUUUACAGGCUCCUUAAUCUAAACUGCUGAAGGCAGACUGCAGCGGGUGUGUCUUCUCUACCAAUGACAGAUUAACACCUCAGCCUGCAAUGGUUUAGAAUCAAACACCUGUCUUUUAGGAAGACUACUGGUUCACAUUGUUGCUUUGUGCCGUGACAGUCUGUCAGUUUAACACCUCAGCUGCCUUGUCUGGAUCCAGAUCUGACUGAAGUCGCUCAGCAAAUAGUGACGCUCAGAAAUAGGCCUGAGGUCAGAUUUUGGUCAUUGUUGCGGGGGUGUAAGCGGACUUUAGAUCUGCGACAGGCGGACCAGAAAUUGAAUGUGGUUAUAUUUAUUAAACAUAAAGCUAUUGUGGUACCACAUUGAGGACAUUUGUACAAGUGGAAAGACACGUGCAUAACCUACUGAAACCAAAUAUAUGAAAACUACUGCUGUUGCUUUGUCAUUUGUGCCUUAAGGAGAGAAAUGAAACUUGAUUAAAUACUGAAGUUCAGCUGUG